GUGGCUGAGGCGUGCAGAGGAGCGGCAGCGGACCGGGAGAAACCGAGUUUUUGGAGGGGCAGGGGAGCAACAGAGAGAGUCGCGAUGGGGACGGAGAGUGUGUGUUUCAGCGAGGUGGACGUAGAUGACUUCAUCGGCAAGCCUCAGGUGCGCCCGCACAAGACGCACAAACACUCACACACACGGGGUGGGACGGUCGCACCCUGCGCAGUGACUCACUCAUUCCUGCCUGCUGGUGUGUUGCUUGUGUGUGCGUGUGUCAGUCUGGCAGAGGGAAGCGGCCAAUGGAGAUCUUCGAGCUUGUUGCAGAAGAUCGUAAGCUCAAGUCGACACACCAAACCGACGCCCACACAGCGGCCGGCCCGUGACCACGGUGUGUCUCUGUCUCUGUCCUGUGUGCGCCUCAGGGCUGAAUGAGGACGAUGUGCAGGGUCUGAUAGAGCAGACGGCAUCGGGAGGGAAGCGGUCAGCGUGUGUUGUGUUGUCGAGCGGCGACUGGUUCCACGUCAACUCCACACUCGAGACGCAGAAAUCGCACCCGCUAUUCGCCACACUCACUGCUUCGGUCAGCCAACCACACGCAUGCAGACAGACAGACAGACAGACUUUGUUGCCUUCCCCCCGUGUGUCACGCAGCUAUUCUUUGACGCCAUAAGUGAUGAGGACGACGGCACCAUCCGGCUGCCAGACGGCUUGCGCAAGCUCCGCCUGCUCGUCAGCCCGCAGUCCUUCGCUGACCCGCCAGCGAUGCCGGCACGCGGCUCGCCCCUCUACCAGGAGCUGCUGCGUCUGUGCUUCCGCUUCUACGGUGCGGAGAAGGGCCCGGUGGCCAGCCCCUCGACAUGUGCCUCGGGCGGUCAGGGCGGCGGCGGACGUGCGACGCCCCUGGUACUGGAGAAGGUGCGGCUGCUCAACCGGGUCAACAUCGUGUUCCAUCGCCUGCAGGUGGCGACGCACUCAAGAGCAUAUCCAUUUUGUGCGUGUGUGUCUUGUGGAUGGAUGGAUGGAUGGAUGUGUGUGUGGCGCGCAGGCUCUUGGUGUGACGUCACGGAACGACUUCUACAACUUGGCUGAGUACCUGUUGAAGCGCCACGAGGAGGAGAGCUCAUUCGACCUCGACGGCUUUGCAGAGAUCGUGGCCGACGUCAUGCCCGACCUGCUCACCGCAUUCGGCCUCUUCACCUGCAUCGCUGGACAGGUGGGCAGACAGACCCGCACACACGUCGACACACACGAACCAGUGGAUGGUGAUGUGUUGUGGUUCAGAUGAAGUGUCUUGACGCGAUAUCGUCGCUCAAGACCAGCUGUCACAUCCAACCCAAACCAGGUAGGUUAGGUGAUUGACACGCGCAAUGAGCAAUGGGCAAUCAACACACACCACAUACAUAACUGUCCAUCCCCUCUCUCUGCCUCUCUGUCUUUCUCUCUCUCAGAGCCCAUAGUGUCCGACAUGUCGACGGCGCCCCCAGCAACGGAGGCGGACAACCAGUUCAGCAACUCUGACCUGGGCGACUACCAGUCACCCUCACCGCCCAACCACAUUGACAACGACCCGCCCUUCUCAAACCCUCAGGACACGUUCGGCGCGCCAGACAACUCCCGCAACGACCACACAUCCUUCAACACGUCGUGCAUCCCGCCACCGGGCAGCCCCCACCUCUCCCCGCCGCUGUUUGACCUCAACGCGUCUUGUUCCCACAACGAGGAGGCCUGCGACUGGGGCAAUGGGGGCGGUAUGUGGGGGUCGCAGACACAGGAGGGGCUGCUGCGGCGGGACAAGCGGCACUACAGCCUGCCGUGGGGGUCGCAGAUCGGCGUCAAGCGGCCGCACGACGGUGGCAGCAUGAUCGACGACGACGGGCCGCCCACCAAGGCCACCAAGCUGCAGUCCAUCAUGGAGGACCAGGAGGUGGCAUUCGGACCGCCCGGCUACGGCCAUGGGGACACCACACAGCCGCCGUCGCUCGACUCGCCGCCAUUUGGGUACACGGGCCGCGGCGGCGGGCACGGCGAGGGCGCCGUCAACCUGGAGACCGACAGCGGACGGAACAAGGGGCCGACACAACCCAUCAGGGUGAGUGAGUGCACGAUGGAUGACAGACAGGGAGGAAAGUCCGCCUCACAUUCGUCUGUGUCUCUGCAGAGCUCUCGUCGGCGCCACACCAUCCGUGGCGGGCAGGGGCUCUCCUCUCUCGGCAGCGGCAGGUCGUCAGAGUGUCCGUCGUCGUCGCAGCCCCCCGACUGCCCCUCGUCCUUCCUCCCCCACUUGGCCACUCACACCGACGGCAACGGCAAUGGCGGCAACAGUGACGGGGACGCGUCGACGCCCACAGAGGGCGCUGGCGAGAGAGAGAGGCGGGGGGAGGGCAAGGGCGGGGAGGACGACAGGGAUGGGGACUGCCUGUGCGCCACAUGUGUCAGGUGAGCAGAGCUGGUUGGGGAUAUGGGUGGACGGAUGAUGGCAUGAUGUCUGUCAUGUGGUUUGUGUGUCAGGUGGCGUCGAGCCGUCAAGUCGGAGGCUCUUGAGGUGGUGGAGCCGCUCAAGGAACAACUCGAACAGAGAAACAGCACCAUAGGGUCAGUCAGUCAGUCAGUCCAGCCAGCUCAUGAGAGGCCACCGCAAUCCAACACCCACCAGCCAGCCAGCACGCUCCGUCUUUUUGUGUCUGUCGUGGCGGCCGUCAGGUUGCUGAAGAAAGAGGUCUCAGAGCUGCAGAGUGCCGUGUCGCGGCUGCAGAACCUCACCCAGUUGCUCCGCCUAUGGACACACCCCGCAUUCGCCAGCAAGGCCGACAUGCUCAUCGCGUCCGCUCAGCCUGAAGACACAAACACCCCCAGUGCCGCCACCAACACCAAGACCAGCAGCCAACGGGCCGACAGCCAGAACACCGUGCCCUUCGCCACACAGAGCGCCCAGAGUGGUGGUGCUGGUGCUGGUGCUGGUGGUGCUGGUUCGGCGUUCGGUGGUGCGGGUGGUGCUCAGGGGUUUGGCGGCAUGGCCAACCGGUACAUGGGGCCGGCGGGCAACCCCUUCAUGCGUGGCACAGCGGCCGGCAUGUCGCAGUCCCAAAUGGUGGGUGGGUGUGCCGACAAGGAGGACACACAACUGGAUGCAACGCAAUGCCUGUGUGUGUCGUCCUUCCUCUCUUGUCUGUCUGUCUCCGUGGUAGGGCAUUGGACUGGCUGCCAAUCCGUCUGGGUCGAUGGGCCAGCUGUCGUCGCUCCUCUCCAACACCGUCCCCCUCACAUCAUACUCAGGCCCCCACAACCUCGGCACACUCGGGGCAUACGGCGCCCUAUCCGGGCUCUGCGGCGGCCUCGGCCUCCCCGCCCUCCCACCCAAGCCCUCCCCCAUGAUGGGCCUCGGCCUCACACCCGCCACGCUCAUGCAGGCAGGCAUCAAUGUGGGCGACGCGGCCGCCAGUGCUGCUGCGGCGCCCCAGGCCUAUUCCCGGAGCAACAAGCGGUUCAACACGCUGCCGGCCAAGUGGGGCGGUGUGGCGGGCAUGGCCGCACCCACCACUGCCAACGGCGUGGCCAAGGGGUCGCUGCUGGACAUUCAGGCGGGGCUGACCAACGCACGGCAGAUGACGUCGACCAACGCGGCGGCGUGCGAUGGACACGGGUGAUGGGGGAGAGAGGGGGGGCUGGUUGCGUGCGGGGGGCUGCGUCUGGCUCACCCUUUCAUGUGCGUGUGUGUGUGUGUGAGCGAGUGAGUGUUUGAGAGUGUGAGGGCGAUUUUUGUCUAUGGAUGGGGUGGUGGUGCGCUAUACGGGGAGGGGAGGGGAGUGGUGUUUUCCAUGCAUACAAAAAUACCUACGUAGGGGCGGGAGGGACAAUGAAUGCAAUGCAACGAGAGGUAUGAGAAUGAAGCGAGACGGACGGUAGGGUGUGCAGACAGACAGACAGACAGACAGAGGGGAGGGACUGAUCAGCGCAGCAAAGGGAGGGGACGGAUGAUUUUUUGGGAGAGGAGGGUAGGGGAGGGAGGGGGGGGGACUUGGGCUUGUUGGUUGCAUCCAUGUGUGUGCGUGUGCGUGAAAGUGCCGUGUUUCCUGGAUGUGUGUGUGCGUGUGUGUGCGUGUGUGUAUGCGACCGUGACUAAUGCUCAGAAGUGGCUUGGCUCACUCGCUCUCGUCUGCCUGUCCGUGUCCGUGUUUGUUGUGUGUCGUGUUGGUGGUGGUGGUUUAGUGCUGGUGGAAGAGAUGACCAAUGGAUGCAAUGUGAUGCGAUGCGAUGCGUGACGGUCUGUCUGUUGUGUGUGGCGUUUGUUUGUGGUGAAUGAAAUGAAUGAUUGUUGUAGCGUGUUGUGGACCUACCUGACUUGCACACGCGAGGGCCCUUUUCCGCCCCCGCGACGAGUGUGGAUGCCUGCCUGCCUGCAGAUCUAUGGCCUUGCAUCUCGAGAAGCAAGGAUUUCUGUCUGUGAGUGAGUGGAUGGAUCGAUCGAUGGAUGCAUCCAAAGUGGAGUCGUCUGCUUGUUGUGCUCACCAGACACAGACAAUGGGGAGAAUGGAGGCACACGGACGGCAGAGGAACGAAGGACAUAAGGAUUGAUGAUUUCACCGGCGUCGUCCGUUUUGCGCUCGUCUGUGGUGCAUGGAUGUGUUGAUUGCUCCUCGAUGAACGGGUUCCUGCGACUCCCUUCUUUGUCCAGAGAGGGGACGUCGGAUUGGCCCGCGCGUCGGGAGUGAUUAACACAUGCAUACAACACACACACACACAGACAGACAGACAGACCGACCGCCCUACACCACCAGAGAGACGAGGGAGGAGACGGCUUCGUUCCUUUGUGCCGGACGGACUCCACAUCCACACACUUCGUUUUGUCGCCGGUAUGUGAGGGGUCGUCAUGUAUGCGUCAGUCAGCUGUGCUGUGCGGUGCGUGAAAAUGUGAUGUGAUGUGGCGUAUGGUGCUCAUUCCUUGAUGCAUUCAUACACACCCUGUCUGUGGCUGCGAUCUGCAGAUUUUGACACAACAGCACAGCAAGAAGGAUCUAUCACGCAAUGCUGGUGUGUUGGUGGCGGGGUGCCGAUAUUCCGAUGCGAAUGGGACCCACACACACACAGUCGGCGCCAUGCCGGCCUUCAUGGCGGGGGGGCGGGAGAAGAAAGGACGGGCUGGUACUUGCCUACCUGCUUGCCAACUUCCUUGUGUGCGUGCGUGUCAUGUCUGCGGGGCGAGGUAUGGUGCUUAACGCUGCCUGGUAGGUUUGCAGGGUGCGGUGCUUUCGUAGCUAACCAUUCAUCAUCCAUCCAUGUAUGUAUAAGCUGUCUUAGCGAGCGAACGAGUGCGGGGGAAACAAAGAGAGAAAGAGAGAUGAGAUGGUGGAUGAGGAGCAACGAGUGACUUGGAGACAAGAGGUGGGUGGUGUAGCCAGCUAGCCUAGCGCUCCCUGUGUGUUUUUCCGGCCUGGCUGCACGACUGACUGACUGAUGGAUGGAUGGAUGUACCAAUGUGUGUACGUUGUGCGUGCGAUGGUGAGUGGACCUCGCUCAUCAAAUCAGACGACCGGUUCACUCACUCACUGGGGAGAGGGGAUGAUGUGCUUGUGUCUGUGUGGUUGUGUGUCUGCGGGAGUGGAGAGGGGCAGUGGGGGCCUACACACACUGCUGGCUGCUGCCUGUAGGUGGGGAUGGAUGGAUGUGAGGUGCGGUGGGUGAGGGAUUGAUGAUUCCAUCCAUCCAUGGUGUAUGUGGUAUUUUUCCUGCCUCUCAAUCAGGCUGCUACUUGCCUCCUCUCUCUGUUUCUGUCACGGAGCUGGCCUACCUUCCACCCUCCCCCCCCCCGUCUGCCUGCCUGCCUGUGCGUCAGUCUGCAUCUCUCUCUCUGCCUGUCUGUCACACCUCUCUCGUGUAGCCCUCCCUCCUUCAGCUCACACAGCAUGGUUUUCCGCCCCAUUGUGUUGUGUUGUGUUGUGUCUGUAUCUCUCUCCAACGGACCAACCGGACCAACCGGAGAGGGAGGGCUCGCUCCUUCUGCCUGCCUGCCUGCCUCCUGCCUUUCUCCCUCUCUGCGUUUUUCCCCAUGACACUCGCACAGUGGAUAGAUAGAUCAGGUGGACGGCUGCUGUGCGAGAAAGGAAUGGUCGUAGGGGAGGAAUCAGAAAGCAGCCGAGUAUUUUUUUCGCCCACAGAGGGGCGGACAAUGCAUGUGUACACUCAUCCACCAUCCACACGUCCACCCAUGGCCACUGUAGCGCUCUAGUUGGCCGCUGUCGGCCUGUCUGCCUGCCUGUGUGUGCCAUUUCGCAAGUGCCCUUGACUCCAUGGUUGUGUGUGCAUUUUUUGAUGGCGCCACCGUGCUCACAUCAAGCCAGACACACACGGCGGGCGGGGGACAGAUAGACAGACAGACAGACGGACAGACAGACAGGCAGUAAGCAGGCAGGCAGGCAUGGCGAGACGGGCGAGCCCUAACAUGUGCUGACUUCCAUUCCCUGGUGGGAUGGACAGAUAAUUCAUGUCGUGGGUAGCCUCAUU